AGCCUCAAGAUGAUAUUCAUGAGCCAUGUCUUGCCGUGUGCGAACCAGAGGAGAAUAGUAUGACUGGGGAUGAAGAGGCGUUAAACUGUGACAGAGACGGACCUUCUACUCCUGACUCCUGUGAUGGAGACCAGGUUAUAAUUCACAAUGAAGAACGGGUUGACUUGUCUCCAACACCUUCUGUUUCAAAUUUUCUUGAAGAAAGCCCUACAUCCUCUAGAAACUCCAGUGCCUCAACAGCAGAUGAUACAUCUUUCAAUGAAAAUGAUUUAAAUAACCAAGAUAAUCACAAUGCUUUGGAUUUAGCUUUGGAACCAGACAGUGAUCAUGAAGCUGAAAAUCAGGACCUGCUCAAUCAGAGAGCAGAGAUUCCACCAGGCGAAGUUCCAUUUCAACGUAUGAGACAAGAAAUGGAUGGAAAAUUGAAACAUCGUAUUCAAGAGACUGUUACAGCAAAGUAUGGGGAAAUUCUUUUAAAUGCCUUAGAACUUAGUAGACACCAUAAUUGGAACCAUACUGAAAAAUCAAAUGUGUUGAAGCUCAUAAACUCUAUGUUUGACCAGAAAGUUCUUGGGGAUUCUCGCUAUCUUCUAGAUGAAUUACUUUUUUCUUCAGAGGGCAUGCACCGCUUUUACUUUUGCGAGAAGUGUUUUACAGCACUUCCUGAUGUUGACUUUGAUAGUCCAGAUCCAGUGAUAUGCCCUGUUGAGCAAUGCAAACUCGAGAAUGAUAAGACUGAGUUAAAAAAAGAAGGAUACUUUGUAAUUUUGGAUGUCCCAUAUCAGUUAGAGUUUUUGUUAAAAAAUGACAAUGUUAGGAAGCAGCUAAAGAACCCUUUUAAUUUAAAAAAUAACAAUAUUGAAAUAUUAAGUGAUCUCCAUGAUGGUUCGGCCUAUCAAGCCUUUAUUAAUUUGCUUGAACCAGGGAACUGUCGGUACAUUUCUUUUACUCUUUGCACUGAUGGAUCUCCCCUUUUCAAAUCCAGUGCAUGCUCAAUUUGGCCAUGUUUUCUUAUGAUUAAUGAAUUACCAAUUGUAACAAGGAUGGACAACUUGAUUGUUUGUGGUUUGUGGUUUGGUACUAAAAAAGCUAAAAUGGAUGUCUUUCUAGGGCCUGUAGUUAAGCACAUUAAUUCUUUGUCAGAGCCUGGCUUUUUUUUGGAUAUAGGAAAUGGUAAGGAGUUAUUCAAGGGAUUUUUAAUCAGCUGCUGUAUAGACUCUGGUGCUCGAGGAGAGGUGCAAGGUAUUAACUCUCAUAGAGGAGAAUGCAGUUGCAACUGGUGCCUUCAUCCUGGUGAAGAGUGGGGCAAUGCAAGAAGAUUUGCAUUUCUGUUUCCUUUCCCAGAACUCAGAAAUGAGGUCCAAAUGGUAAAUGACUGGACUGAUUCUAUGAAUCAGAAAAUUAUUAUCAACGGCUGCAGGUUUCCAUCCCACUUGGCAUCUGCUACCCAUUUCCGAAUAGUAGACGGAAUGGUCUUUGACUAUAUGCACACAGUUUGUGAAGGCUCAUUCAAGACUUUCCUCAAAGAGUGGCUGGAUGAUAGUACUUACAUUGGAACAGAAACUGAGAAAUAUGAAAAAUUAUCUAGUCUCUUGAAAAAAGUAAAACCACCUCUAGAGUUUCGAAAAGCAGUUAGGGGCUUGGAUGCUCUGUCUUAUUUUACAGGGAGAGAAUGGGAGAAUUGGGGUCUAUUUUUAAGUGUUUGUCUUUUAAUUGAUAAGUUGCCUGAGGAGUACUUACGAAAUUGGGCCUACCUUGUACAAGCAAUGCAUCUUCUGUUGAAAGAUAACAUCACUUCUAGUAUGAUUUUCACAGCUGAAAAUCUUUUGAUUGAAUUUGUUGGUAGAGUGCAGUAUUUGUAUGGCUUUAAAAUGAUGCGAUAUAAUGUACAUCUUUUACUGCAUUCUGUUCAGAAUGCCAAAAGGUGGGGUCCUCUGUUUGCGAUUUCUGCAUUUGCUUUUGAACAUGGCAUACAGAAACUGAAACAUGUAAUUUCAGCUAAUAAGGGAAUUCCCAAUCAAAUUUGUAGAUCUAUUUCUCAAGAUCAUGCAAUGAACUUCUUAAAAAAUUCAUUAAAGUCCCAAAACUGUGAAACGUUUGAAAAGAGUUUGUCUAGUUCCCGCUUCAGAAGCCAUAUGGUAGGCAAAAUCAAACUAAUUGGUACAUCUAAAAAAUUGACAAAUCUCAAUGAGGAAGAAAAAUUUUACUGUGAGCAAUUGAAUAUAAAUCCGGAGAAUUGUGUGUGCUACAAUAAAAUCCAGUUUGAAGGGUGGACAUACUCCACAUCAAAUUAUGCCAAAAAAUCAAAGACUGACAACUCUAUAGCAUGGUUAAUUACUACUAAGAAAGUCAUAAAUAUUAGAAAGCUCUUUCUUGAUGAAGAAAGGGAAAAAGUAUGGGUAGUUGGAUCAGUAGUGAGGUGCACCCCAUACAAAUAUCCAGGAACACUCAAUAAUAUUAGCUUAAACUGUCACCACCUCUUGCAAGUUGCAAGUAUUGAUUCUGAUGUAAUAUUUGAAACCGCAUCAUCUCUCAACGGUGUGUUUGUUAACUUGAAUUUAAACCAUGGGCACUUCGUAUCACCUAUGCCUAACUGUUACAAUAUAUUCUAAGGUAUCAGAUUCUCAUAUUUUUGAAGACUUUGUAAUCAUACUUCAAAUGCGUAUUGUAAAUAUUUAAGUAAUGAGACUGAAUAGCUAAAUGUAUUAUGGUACACCAAACCAGUCAAUACCUCUAUUUAGAGGUCUAAGUCAGUGUUAACUUGAGUAAAAUCAAUUUAUGUUUUUCAGUUGUGUCCUUGCUUUGAAGAAUGAGGCACAUAGAUUAAGGAUAAUCUUAAAACAAUAAAUUAUAAGGAAGUAA